AUGGUAACAAAAUUGAAUAUACCUUGUGUAUGGGGUGGUCAUUUAGCUGGAAUUUUAUUAAAAAAUCAUGCUGCGGCAUCAGUCAAGACACCAACAACGAAAAUCAUCGGUAUUCAUGGAUGGCUUGAUAAUCUUAAUUCAUUAUUACCAUUAGCAGAAAGAUUAAUAGAUCGUCAUCCAAAUUAUGAAAUCUAUUUAUAUGAUCGUGCUGGACAUGGAUUUUCUAGUCAUCUUCCAAAAGGUUCUGAUUAUUCACAUGCUUAUAGUCUACGAGAUCUUCGUACUGUUGUUCAAGGUCUUGAUUGGAAUAAGGAAAAAUUUUCUUUAAUUGGUCAUAGUUAUGGAGGACAUAUUUCAUUUACAUAUGCAGCAGCUUAUCCAGAAGAAAUUUCAUGUCUUGUUACACUUGAUUCUAUUAUUAGAGGCGAAUUUUCAUCGGAACCUUUAUGGGAAAAUGUUGCUACGCGAAUUGAUAAAAAUAUAGAAUAUCAUAGUAAAUCACCUAAAUCGUAUCAAAAAGAAUUAACAUAUGAAAAAGCUAUUGAAUUAGUAAGAAGUUCAAGACGUGGUAUUGAUGAUGAAUCAGCGAAAUUACUUGCCGAACGAUCAAUCGAUCGAGAUAAACAUAAUAAAUUAUAUUUUACACGAGAUGAAUCAUUAAAAAAUUUGCAUUUAUUACCAUUUACUCAACAUUCAGCUGAAGACGCAAUUAAAGCUAUUCAAGCAUCAGUUCUUUGUAUUGGAAUGCUUAAUCCUCGAUGGUCUGUAUCUAAAAGUUCAGUUGAAUUAUUAAAAAAACAUAUUCCUAAUUUUGAAAUGAUAUUAAUCGAUGGAUCUCAUUAUUUUCAUAUGGCAAAAGUUGAUGAAGUUUCGAAACAUAUCGAUCAAUAUUUUAAUAAAUAUCUUAAAUAA